GGGUUGAAAGUAGCUUCCUCCCCCUCAAGACGCGACAACUGAGUGACUGAGCUUCAUCCUCAACAUCGUUACUCCCCCACCGCAAUGUCGUUCCGAUCUCUUCUCGCCCUGAGCGGCCUUGUCUGCUCGGGGUUGGCAAGUGUCAUUUCCAAGCGCGCGACAUUGGAUUCGUGGUUGAGCAACGAAGCGACCGUGGCUCGUACUGCGAUCCUGAAUAACAUCGGGGCGGACGGUGCUUGGGUGUCGGGCGCGGACUCUGGCAUUGUCGUUGCCAGUCCCAGCACCGAUAACCCGGACUACUUCUACACCUGGACUCGCGACUCUGGUCUCGUCAUCAAGACCCUCGUCGACCUCUUCCGCAAUGGAGAUACUGAUCUCCUUUCCACCAUUGAGCACUACAUCUCCUCUCAGGCAAUUAUUCAGGGUGUCAGUAACCCCUCUGGUGGUCUGUCCAGCGGUGGUCUUGGUGAGCCCAAGUUCAAUGUCGAUGAGACUGCCUACACCGGGUCUUGGGGACGGCCGCAGCGUGAUGGUCCUGCCCUGAGAGCAACUGCUAUGAUCGGCUUCGGGCAGUGGCUGCUUGACAAUGGCUACACCAGCGCUGCAACAGAGAUUGUUUGGCCCCUCGUUAGGAACGACCUGUCGUAUGUGGCUCAGUACUGGAACCAGACGGGAUAUGAUCUCUGGGAAGAAGUUAAUGGCUCGUCCUUCUUCACCAUUGCCGUGCAACACCGCGCCCUCGUCGAAGGUAGUGCCUUCGCGACGGCCGUCGGCUCGUCCUGCUCCUGGUGUGAUUCGCAGGCACCUCAGAUUCUCUGCUACCUGCAGUCCUUCUGGACCGGCAGCUACAUCCUGGCCAACUUUGACAGCAGCCGUUCCGGCAAGGACACAAACACCCUCCUGGGAAGCAUCCACACCUUUGAUCCUGAGGCUGGAUGCGACGACUCCACCUUCCAGCCCUGCUCCCCGCGUGCGCUCGCCAACCACAAGGAGGUUGUAGACUCUUUCCGCUCGAUCUAUACUCUCAACGAUGGUCUCAGUGACAGUGAGGCGGUUGCCGUCGGUCGGUACCCUGAGGAUAGCUACUACAACGGCAACCCGUGGUUCCUGUGCACCUUGGCUGCCGCGGAACAGCUGUACGAUGCUCUGUACCAGUGGGACAAGCAGGGGUCGUUGGAGAUCACAGACGUGUCACUUGACUUCUUCAAGGCUCUGUACAGUGGUGCUGCCACCGGCACGUACUCUUCGUCCAGCUCGACCUAUAGCAGCAUUGUGGAUGCCGUCAAGACUUUCGCUGAUGGUUUUGUUUCUAUUGUGGAAACUCACGCCGCAAGCAACGGCUCUCUGUCUGAGCAAUUCGACAAGUCUGAUGGCGACGAGCUUUCUGCUCGCGAUCUGACCUGGUCUUACGCUGCUCUGCUGACCGCCAACAACCGUCGUAACUCUGUCGUGCCCCCGUCUUGGGGUGAGACCUCUGCCAGCAGCGUGCCCGGCACCUGUGCGGCUACCUCUGCCUCUGGUACCUACAGCAGUGUGACCGUCACCUCGUGGCCGAGCAUCGUGGCUACUGGUGGCACCACUACGACGGCUACCACCACUGGAUCGGGCGGCGUGACCUCGACCAGCAAGACCACCACAACUGCUAGUAAGACCAGCACCACUACGUCCUCGACCUCCUGCACCACCCCCACUGCCGUAGCUGUGACCUUUGAUCUGACGGCGACCACCACCUACGGCGAGAACAUCUACCUGGUCGGGUCGAUCUCUCAGCUCGGUGACUGGGACACCAGCGAUGGCAUAGCUCUGAGCGCUGACAAGUACACUUCCAGUAACCCGCUUUGGUAUGUAACUGUGACUCUGCCGGCUGGUGAGUCAUUUGAGUACAAGUUCAUCCGCGUUGAGAGCGAUGACUCCGUGGAGUGGGAGAGCGACCCGAACCGGGAAUACACCGUUCCUCAAGUGUGCGGAGAGUCGACCGCGACGGUGACCGACAGCUGGCGGUAGACAAUUCAUUCAAUUCGAUAUAAUGGA